AUGAGCGACGAAUCCUGGUUCCGGAGGGAGUUCUGCACGCCCAAGCGCCUCCUCUUCAACGUCAUCUUUUACGGCCUUCACUUCUUCUUCUUUGGCUAUGGCUGGCACAGUCAGGCGACUAACACCAAGCUUGCCGCGCUGAACGCGCUCACCUGGUCCGUCUGGACGUCUCGCGGCGCAGGUCUCGUCUUGGCAUUCGAUGGCGGCCUCAUCCUCGUCCCCAUGCUGAGGAACAUCAUUCGUGUCGUCCGCCCCAAGCUCACCUGGCUGUUCCCCGCCGAUGAGAACAUCUGGUUCCACCGACAAGUCGCAUACUCCAUGGCCUUCUGGACCAUGGUGCACACCACCGCGCACUACGUGAACUUCUUCAACGUCGAGCGCACCCAGGUGCGGAAGCAGAUUGCCCUGGACAUCCACUACACCCAGCCUGGAGGCAUCACCGGUCACUUCAUGUUGCUCAUCAUGGUCCUCAUGUACACCACCGCGCACCAGAAGAUCCGCCACCAGUGCUUUGAGGUUUUCUGGUACACGCACCACCUGGCGUUCUUCUUCAUGCUGGGCUUGUACACACAUGCGACGGGCUGCUUCGUGCGCGACUCAGUCGACCCCGACCGUAUCCCGGUGUUCCCCUUCUACUCGACCGAGCACUGCCUGGGGUACAACAGCUGGCGCUUUACGAUCUGGCCCGGUAUCCUGUACUUUGGCGAGCGCAUCCUGCGAGAAGUGCGUGCGAGGCGUGCGACUCGUCUCUCUAAGGUCCUCGUGCACCCCAGUGGUGCCAUGGAGUUGCGCAUCGUGAAGCCCAGUUUCAAGUACACGGCUGGUCAAUGGCUAUUCAUCCAGGUUCCCGAGAUCUCUAGCUAUCAAUGGCACCCGUUCACCAUCACGUCUGCGCCCGAGGACCCAUACGUUUCCGUGCACAUUCGCCAGGUCGGCGACUGGACGCAAGCCCUCGGCGAGCGCCUCGGUGUCGGCCCGUCAGCCGUUCAGGCCAUGACCAAGGCCGCGAUGGCUGGCUUGGAGAAGGACGAGAUGUCAGGGACGCGCGGUAACUUCGUCGAGAUCGACGCCACCGGUGCUUCUAUGGGUCUUCCCUCCGUCCGUAUCGAUGGUCCUUUCGGUGCCCCUGCCGAGGACGUGUUCAAUGCGGAGGUUGCUGUACUGGUCGGUGCGGGUAUCGGUGUGACGCCCUUCGCGUCCAUCCUCAAGCACAUCUGGUGGCGUCAACAGCGCGGGAACCUUGGUUCCCUGCGCCGCGUCGAGUUCUUCUGGGUUUGCCGUGACACUGCGUCGUUCGGCUGGUUCCAGAGCCUCCUCCAAGAGGUUGAGGCGGCACAAGCCGAUCCGAACUUCCUGCGCAUCAACAUCUACCUGACGCAGAAGAUCACGGAGGACAUGGCGUACAACAUCGCGGUCAAUGAUGCCGGCUCGAAGUACGAUCCGCUCACGCUCCUGCGUUCGCGGACGCUCUUCGGCCGCCCAGACUGGAAGAACAUUUACUCGACGCUCAAGCAGUCGAUCGAGGCCGGACGGUACUUGCCUGGCAGCAGGUCGCAGCUCAGAACCAGGGUUGCCACGUACUUCUGCGGGCCGGGCCCGAUUGCGAAGGCCCUUAAGGAGGCCACGCUGGCGAACACGUGCAAGGACAUCGAGUUUUCUUUCGCGAAGGAGCAUUUCUAA